CGGGAGUUGGUUGUGUCGGAUUACCUCGGAGGGGUGCGCUAUUAAAAUAUCUUCAAACAUUAUCUUUAAUUGGACAGUAUUUUGUGCUUGUGUGCGUUCCGUGUUUUUUCCCCAGUGACGUUUCUGUUUUUUCGAAAGUUGAUCACUGUUAUCAUUCGAGUUUAGUGUGCGGUGAUAGUCAGUGAUUUCUGAUUGCGAUUUUUAAAAUGACCGCCGAUUAGACUGCGAUCGUUAUUGACUGAGGACCGAAAAUUGUGUUUGUGAUUAAAAAUGACAACAGGGACGUGAUACCAGAGACCGCGGGGAAACGAGUUGCGCGAAAGUAAAAAAAAAAAAAUGACGCCACGUGUUCUAUAAUUGCGAAAUUAUUUAUGGAUCGUUAAUUAAUCUGUAAUUAUAUUUCUGUCCCGUUCUGUCUAAUUACCGACAAUCAUAAUUUUGAUUUCACGCACAGUGCCGUUAAUAAUCCGACUUCUAUUGUCGAUCAUAAAUUUAAUCAUCAAACUAAAAAUAUUUUCACGCUCAAGUGUAUAGACAAGUGUUUUUUUUUUUAAUUUGAACUAAUUGUGCUUCUUCAAUAUUGUGAUAGUGAUGCUGUGUACUGCAGUUUAAAGUUACUUCAAAACCGCGCACGAAGCGGCAAAAUACCAGUCGAGCGGCAGAAAUCCCUCAAAAUUACUCGAAUUCAAUCCCCAAGCACCAAAUCCGGCACCCUGAGUUUCUCAGAUCCCUUCGGGCCUCCUCAGUCCUCGGACGGAGGGGGCCCAUCCACCCCCCAACCAGCCAUGACCACCCAGGAGCUAGAUCACCAGCACCAUCAUUUAGGGGGGUCACAGACGCCACAUGAUAUAUCCAAUUCCACUAAUUCGACUCCAACUAAUGUAUCCUCUAAAUCAGCUUUCAUAGAGUUACAGCAACACGGAUAUGGUCCUUUUAAAGGUGGUUACCAACAUCCUCACCAUUUUGGGAGUCCGGGUGGUCAACAGAAUCCUCAUGAAGCCUCGGGGUUUCCAAGCCCUAGGUCUUUAGGGUAUCCCUUCCCUCCUAUGCACCAGAACACGUAUGGUUAUCAUUUAGGUUCCUACGCUCCACAGUGCGCAAGUCCGCCUAAAGAUGAAAAAUGUGGACUAUCAGACGACCCUGGUCUCCGAGUGAACGGGAAAGGCAAGAAGAUGAGGAAACCUCGCACGAUAUACUCCAGCCUCCAGCUGCAGCAGUUGAACAGGAGGUUUCAGAGGACACAGUACCUCGCCCUCCCCGAAAGGGCUGAGCUUGCCGCUAGCUUGGGCUUAACGCAGACGCAGGUCAAGAUCUGGUUCCAAAAUCGUCGCAGUAAAUACAAAAAGAUGAUGAAGGCCGCGCAAGUGGGCGCUGCGCCCCCCGGCCUCGGUCUACCGCCCGGCAGCCCCCCAAACAAUAACCAACUUCUACAUGGUGGUGGCGGCAGUUCUAGCGGUUCACAACAUUCCCCGUCCGCGUACCAGAGUGGUCCGACCCAGGCUCACUCGCCCACGCCUAGUUCUACACCAGUGUCCGAGCUAUCCCCUGGACUAUCCCCGACUGGGACGCCCUGGGACGUGAAACAGCCGCCGCAGCCGGCUUGGGAUGUAAAGGUCGGAUAUCCAACGGCUGGUCGCUCGCCGGACGGCACCUCUUGUGACGUCAAGCCACCACACCAACAGUCGUGGGACCCGAGGGUCGGUUACGGCGCGCCACCCGGCCCUUGGGACAUGAAAGGCGCGCACCAUGCGCUCCAUCACCAGGGUGCACCGCAACCACAUCCGCCCUACGUGCCUCAGUACUCCUGGUACCAAACUGAUGCCAACCCUGGACUCUUGACGGUCUGGCCUGCCGUGUAACGACCAUCGGGCUAAAUGAAAAAAAAAUACACUAAAUAUUAUAUUAAACAAUAGUUCACUUAACGAUAAAUUAAAUUGCGCACGUAGCGCACAAAAUGGCGCACAAAGCGCAAAAAAUGGCGGUCCUAUUAAAGAACGGCACAACCAAGAUUAUUGUUAAAAAUUUUAUUUAAUAGUAAUUAAAAAAUCAUUGUAAAUUUCUAUUAAUUAUAAAUAGAAUAAAUGUUUAUAAUGAUUACUGUAAAUUUAGUAUAAGGAAUUCGUGUAAAAAUUCCGGUGGCCACGACGAAAAAAAUAUUAUUUAAAAAAAUAACCCUCGCAGUGUAUGCCAUUAUUUCUUAUAUAAUAAAAAAAUGUACAAUGUUGACUGAUGUACAUAAUAAUAUCAUAAAAAUUGUAUACUAUUUUUUUUUUUUUUUGUAUAUAUUUCCAUCAGUGUUUAAUGUAAAAUUAUAUAUCUACGAAUUCAUUGAAAAUUGUGCAAUAAAUGUAUAAGGUGUGGUUAUAUUGUGUCUUUUGAGGUUCCCAACCAACACAAGUAUAACGUGAAUAUGUCGUGUGGUCACCGAGGUAAGAUAAAAAUAUGUCAGUGUUGCCAGCUCAUAUAGUUUAUCUAAAACGCAAAUAUAUAAAUGCAAUUUAUGUAAAAUGGAUUUUCUGUGUUUGCAACACUGACUGCUGUAGCAAAUAAUUUUGUUUUCUUUAUUUCACAUUUCAGCCGUCUUUAAGAAUAGUUACUACAUAACAUAGUUUUGUUUUUCUUAUUUUUAAUUAUUUUCAUAUAUACAUACAUAUAUAUAUAUAUUAUGAUGUUCCAAAAACGCCACCUAAGAAUAGGUGCUGAUUUUUUUUAAUGUAAAUGAUGGCUGACUAAUUUGCUACCAUUCAAAAAUUAACUAAGCUUUAAAGAUUUUUUUUAUUUAUUUAAUAGAUUAAACAUUAAAAUCAAACGGGAACAGAAACCAGUCUGUUGUGAUACAUAAUUUUAAGUUUUUCUUUUUUGUAAACAUGGCGUCCCGUUAAUAAACGAAAGAUUAGGCCUCUAAACGAAUGAGUAAGCUCUAUUUAUAAAUUAUGACAGCAAAUAUAGAUUAAAAAUAAUUAAACGUUUAUUCAUGGGGCGUCUGUAUUUUUUUUUUUUUUUGUAAUUUUGUGAACUAUAUAACGUAUUUAUUACAUAAAAUUGUUCAAAAUCGUGUUCUAAAUGCAAAUCUAUUUAAGCUGUUAUUAUUUCUAAUGCAUUCUGAAUUUAUUUGUAAUAAAUACUAUAGUCUAUUGAUAGUUCAAAAACUUGGAUAGAUAAUCAAUAAAAUAUUUUUUUUUUAUAUAUAUAUGUGGCAGAGAAAUAUAAAGUUUUUGACUAAAAAUAGAUAAUGGUAUAAUCUAGAAUGGGUCUUACGGGAUGUCUUUGUAAAUAUGUUUUUGUAAUAUAUAGAAAAUAUAUACAUAUAAAUAUAGUUUAGAUAGUAUAAUUACUUUAUAACUACUAUGUAUUAUAAGGAAAACGGAAAUAAGAAAAAAGUGAAUUAAUUUCUUUUGUCAAAUAAAAACUGAAAAA